UCCAUCAUGUCAAGAUGAUAGAGUCAGUGUCCUUCCAGAGUUCCAUAGAUGCUUCCGGAAAGCGUCAGUACCGUUCCCGCCGCCAUUGCGGAUUUUGGACACAGGAUCAGCCGUAAUCACUGCUAUCCAUCGAUGCAGUGCAAAGAGGAGGCAGAGGGUUGGGACGUAUUUAACGCGUUACUGAGCACAGGAUUUGGAAACGCGAUUAUCAACACGUCACAACAGCUUUUUAUCUAACUGUUUUUCACUGACUGGUUUCGACCUACACGUACAGUGAGGAGGUCGUAGCUAGCUAGCGCGGUGCUAUUGCCUAGCCAGCUAGCGGUGCGGCUACAGUACCAGGAUUGUGGGAAUUUAAAGAAGCCGCAAUGGCUCAAAUUCUACCCAUCCGCUUCCAGGAGCACCUGCAGCUCCAGAACCUGGGAAUUAACCCAGCCAACAUUGGAUUCAGUACUCUAACCAUGGAGUCUGAUAAGUUCAUCUGUAUAAGGGAGAAAGUGGGCGAGCAGGCCCAGGUUGUCAUCAUUGAUAUGGCGGACCCCAACAACCCUAUACGCAGGCCCAUCUCUGCAGACAGUGCCAUCAUGAAUCCCGCCAGCAAAGUAAUUGCCCUGAAAGACGCGGCAAAGACCCUGCAGAUCUUUAACAUUGAGAUGAAGAGUAAAAUGAAGGCUCAUACGAUGACAGACGACGUGAGCUUCUGGAAGUGGAUCUCGCUCAACACUGUUGCCCUGGUCACGGAUAAUGCAGUUUAUCAUUGGAGCAUGGAGGGUGACUCUCAGCCAAUCAAAGUUUUCGAUCGUCAUUCGAGCCUGGCAGGCUGCCAAAUAAUCAACUAUCGCACUGACGCCAAACAGAAGUGGUUGCUGCUCAUUGGCAUUUCUGCACAGCAAAACCGUGUUGUUGGGGCCAUGCAGCUGUACUCAGUCGACAGAAAAGUGUCUCAGCCCAUUGAAGGGCAUGCUGCUGGUUUUGCACAGUUCAAGAUGGAAGGAAACACGGAAGAAUCAACCCUCUUCUGCUUCGCUGUGCGAGGACAGGCAGGAGGAAAACUGCAUAUCAUUGAAGUCGGUACUCCACCAACUGGGAAUCAGCCGUUUCCAAAGAAAGCUGUAGAUGUUUUCUUUCCCCCGGAAGCACAAAACGACUUCCCUGUUGCCAUGCAGAUCAGCUCCAAGCAGGAUGUUGUGUUUCUCAUCACCAAAUAUGGCUACAUACAUCUGUAUGACCUGGAGACUGGAACGUGUAUCUACAUGAAUAGGAUCAGUGGGGAGACUAUUUUUGUCACUGCCCCCCACGAGCCAACUGCUGGCAUCAUUGGAGUCAACAGAAAAGGACAGGUGUUGUCAGUGUGUGUGGAGGAGGAAAACAUCAUUCCCUACAUAACCAAUGUCCUCCAGAACCCAGACCUGGCUCUGCGUAUGGCUGUCCGCAACAAUCUGGCUGGUGCUGAGGAGCUGUUUGCCCGCAAGUUUAACACACUUUUUGCAGCAGGAAAUUAUUCCGAAGCGGCCAAGGUGGCAGCCAAUGCUCCCAAGGGCAUCCUGCGGACCCCAGACACCAUUCGUCGAUUCCAGAGUGUUCCAGCCCAACCAGGCCAGACAUCACCCUUGCUCCAGUACUUUGGCAUCUUGCUAGACCAAGGCCAGCUCAAUAAGUUUGAGUCUCUGGAGUUGUGCAGACCUGUUCUCCAACAGGGGCGCAAGCAGCUUCUCGAGAAAUGGUUGAAAGAAGACAAGCUGGAGUGUUCUGAGGAGCUUGGAGACUUGGUGAAGUCUGUGGAUCCUACUCUUGCCCUUAGUGUCUACCUAAGAGCCAACGUUCCAAAUAAGGUUAUUCAGUGCUUUGCUGAGACUGGACAGUUCCAGAAGAUUGUCCUCUAUGCCAAGAAGGUGGGUUACACUCCAGACUGGAUUUUCUUGUUGAGGAACGUAAUGAGGAUCAGUCCAGAACAGGGUCUCCAGUUUUCCCAGAUGCUGGUUCAGGAUGAAGAGCCACUUGCUGACAUUACACAGAUUGUUGAUGUGUUCAUGGAGUACAACCUGAUCCAGCAGUGCACAUCUUUCUUACUUGAUGCCUUGAAGAACAACAGACCUACGGAAGGUCAACUCCAGACACGUCUGCUGGAAAUGAAUUUAGUCCACGCACCACAGGUUGCAGAUGCUAUCCUGGGAAAUCAGAUGUUCACCCACUAUGAUCGUGCUCAUGUUGCACAGCUGUGUGAGAAGGCUGGUCUCCUGCAGAGGGCACUGGAGCAUUAUACUGAUCUCUAUGACAUUAAGCGUGCUGUCGUGCACACACAUCUUCUCAACCCAGAGUGGUUGGUGAAUUUCUUCGGCUCCUUGUCUGUGGAGGACUCUCUAGAGUGCCUGAGGGCAAUGCUUUCGGCAAACAUCCGACAGAACCUGCAGAUCUGUGUCCAGGUCGCCUCCAAGUAUCAUGAGCAACUUUCUACACAGUCCCUCACUGAACUUUUUGAGUCAUUCAAGAGCUUUGAGGGUUUGUUCUACUUUUUGGGAUCUAUUGUGAACUUUAGCCAAGACCCAGAAGUCCACUUCAAAUAUAUCCAGGCUGCCUGCAAGACAGGCCAGAUCAAAGAAGUGGAGAGAAUCUGCAGAGAGAGCAACUGCUAUGACCCUGAACGUGUGAAGAACUUUCUGAAGGAAGCCAAGCUCACUGACCAGUUGCCUUUGAUCAUUGUAUGUGACCGCUUUGAUUUUGUCCACGAUCUGGUUCUGUACCUCUACCGGAAUAGUCUGCAGAAGUACAUCGAGAUCUAUGUGCAGAAGGUGAACCCCAGCCGUCUCCCUGUUGUCAUUGGAGGACUUUUGGAUGUGGAUUGUGCAGAGGAUGUGAUUAAGAACCUGAUCAUGGUGGUUAGAGGGCAGUUCUCCACGGACGAACUAGUGGCAGAAGUGGAGAAAAGAAAUAGAUUAAAGCUGCUGCUGCCAUGGUUGGAGGCUCGUAUUCAUGAAGGGUGUGAGGAACCUGCUACCCACAAUGCUCUGGCCAAGAUCUACAUUGACAGCAACAACAACCCUGAACGCUUCUUGAGGGAAAACCCUUACUAUGACAGCCGUGUGGUUGGCAAGUACUGUGAGAAGCGAGAUCCUCAUCUGGCCUGUGUGGCCUAUGAAAGAGGACAGUGUGAUCAGGAACUGAUCCAUGUAUGCAAUGAGAACUCAUUGUUCAAGAGUCUCUCCCGGUACCUUGUACGCCGCAAAAACCCUGAGCUGUGGGCAGUUGUGCUGCUGGAGACCAACAAUUAUAGAAGGCCACUUAUUGACCAGGUCGUCCAGACAGCACUGUCUGAGACCCAGGACCCUGAGGAGGUGUCUGUCACAGUUAAGGCUUUCAUGACUGCCGACCUCCCAAACGAGCUCAUUGAGCUUCUGGAAAAGAUUGUUCUGGAUAACUCUGUCUUUAGUGAGCACAGAAACCUCCAGAAUCUGCUUAUUCUGACAGCUAUUAAAGCUGAUCGCACACGUGUUAUGGAGUACAUCAACCGCCUGGACAACUAUGAUGCCCCGGACAUUGCUAACAUCGCCAUCAGCAAUGAGCUGUUUGAGGAAGCCUUUGCUAUUUUUCGAAAAUUUGAUGUCAACACCUCUGCUGUGCAGGUUCUAAUUGAGCACAUUGGUAAUCUGGACAGAGCCUAUGAGUUUGCUGAGCGCUGCAAUGAGCCUCCAGUGUGGAGUCAGCUGGCCAAAGCCCAGCUCCAGAAGGGCCUGGUCAAAGAAGCUAUUGACUCUUACAUCAAGGCUGAUGACCCCUCUGCUUAUAUGGAGGUGGGACAAGCUGCUGCCCAAGGCGGAAACUGGGAGGACCUGGUGAAGUUUCUGCUGAUGGCUCGUAAAAAGGCCCGUGAGUCCUAUGUCGAAACAGAGUUGAUCUUUGCCCUGGCGAAGACCAACCGCCUGGCUGAACUGGAAGAGUUUAUCAAUGGACCCAAUAAUGCUCACAUUCAGCAGGUUGGUGACCGCUGCUAUGAUGAUAAGAUGUACGAGGCAGCUAAACUUCUGUACAACAAUGUGUCCAACUUCGGGCGUUUGGCCUCCACUCUGGUGCACCUGGGAGAAUACCAGGCAGCUGUGGAUGGAGCUCGCAAGGCUAACAGUACCCGCACCUGGAAAGAGGUGUGUUUUGCAUGUGUGGAUGGGAAAGAGUUCCGCCUUGCCCAAAUGUGUGGCCUGCAUAUUGUAGUCCAUGCAGAUGAACUCGAGGAACUCAUCAACUACUACCAGGACCGUGGCUACUUUGAAGAGCUGAUCACUAUGCUGGAGGCCGCCCUGGGUCUGGAGCGUGCUCACAUGGGUAUGUUCACUGAGUUGGCCAUCCUUUACUCCAAAUUUAAACCCCAGAAGAUGAGAGAGCACCUGGAGCUCUUCUGGUCCCGAGUCAACAUUCCAAAGGUUCUUAGGGCAGCUGAACAGGCCCACCUCUGGGCCGAGCUUGUUUUUCUCUACGACAAGUACGAGGAGUAUGACAAUGCCAUUAUCACCAUGAUGAACCACCCAGCAGAUGCCUGGAAAGAGGGCCAGUUCAAAGACAUUGUUACAAAGGUGGCUAAUGUUGAGCUUUACUACAAGGCAGUCCAGUUUUAUCUGGAGUUCAAACCAUUGCUACUGAACGACCUUCUCAUUGUCCUCUCUCCAAGACUGGACCACACACGGGCUGUCAAUUUCUUUAGCAAGGUGAAACAGCUGCCUCUGGUUAAACCUUACUUAAGGUCGGUCCAGAAUCACAACAACAAGUCAGUGAAUGAGGCCCUCAAUGUCCUCUUCAUCAACGAAGAAGACUAUGCGGCACUGCGUACUUCCAUUGAUGCCUAUGACAACUUUGACAACAUCUCACUGGCCCAGGGACUGGAGAAGCAUGAACUGAUCGAGUUUAGAAGGAUUGCUGCCUAUCUUUUCAAGGGCAACAACCGCUGGAAACAAAGUGUUGAGCUCUGCAAGAAGGACAGACUUUACAAGGAUGCCAUGCAGUAUGCAUCAGAGUCCAAGGACACUGAGUUGGCAGAGGAGCUCCUGGCUUGGUUUCUGAAUGAAGAUAAAAAAGAGUGUUUUGCAGCCUGCCUAUUUACCUGCUAUGACCUACUGCGGCCUGAUGUGGUGCUGGAGACUGCAUGGCGACAUAACAUCAUGGACUUCUCAAUGCCAUACUUCAUCCAGGUCAUGAGGGAGUAUCUCUCUAAGGUCGAUGCGAUAAAGGAAAAGGUGGACAAACUGGAAGCCUCUGAGUCCCUAAGGAAGCAGGAAGAGCAGGCGACAGAGUCUCAGCCCAUUGUUUACGGCACACCCCAGCUCAUGCUCACAGCAGGACCCAACGUGGCGGUUCCUCCUCAGCAGGCUUAUGGUUAUGGCUACACAGCACCAGGUUACGCUCAGCCACAGCAGCCCAGCUUCGGUUACGGCAUGUGAACACCCAACAGACCCAACUCAGCCCCCCGAACAAACCUUUCUAUGUCCGUUUGUGUGUUUGUCAGCAGCUUCCCAUGGUGUUGAGGGCCACAGUCAAACUACUCUGGUCUGGAGUUCUUGUUUAUGAUUUGUCCUGUUACAAGAGAAAGUUUAACUGCAUUGGAGGACUUUAAUUUGCAUUAUUUAAGAAAAAUACAUUCCAUAUUUAUGACUUUUAAUUUAAUUUGUUUUGUUGAUGUUUGUCUUUUUUAUUGAUUUAUGGUUUGUGCAAGAGUGGACUUAAACCUUCGAAGAAGGUGGGGAGCUUUGGAUUCUGCACUUGUGAAGACGUUAGCUCUUAAUUUUAAUGAACAUGUGAACACCUUUCAUUAUCCUGUUUGUCUAAAAUACAUUUCAUUUUUGUAUAGUCUGAGUAAAAGAUGGAGUUAAAUAUAAUAUUUCAACAUGUAUUGCCAUUUAAAUUGGCUAUAGUUAUCAACACUAAGUAAUGAUAGUAUAUUCUGCUCAGGCUUUAUGGAGUUCUAAAUACAUACUGAGGUCCGGUAUGCCACUCUGUAAAUGCGGGUGUGUUUGUGUUUAAGUGUGGGUGUGACUUGAUGGUCUAAACUAGAAUUUGAACCCCUCUCAGCCUGCACUGGGCUACCCCAAAUCCAACCUUCUAGAUAUUAGCUCUCCUUCAUCAGCUUCAUGUAUUUAGGUGACCUCUGUGCUGUGCUGUGUGAGACUGUAUCUGUGUAUGUGCAAGGACAGGCCCAUGGCUGCCACACCCAUGGCCUCUAACUCUAACUGUACUGUAUGUGUGCGUAUUUAAUCUGAACCCUUCUCUUACUGAGGCCUGUGUAUGCCGGCUGUUGUGGUGUUUCCCCUUUUUUGCGUGUACAGAUGUGAACAUGACAAAUUGCAAAGUUUUAGAUGGAGACCUCCACCGUUCCGUCCUCUGCCCACUUUACUGUCCCGUGUCCUCUCUUGUAAAGCGUAGCGGUCCUAACAAACAAGGAGGCAGAAAAAGACGAGCUUGUGAAGCCUUUGGUGUCCUAAUGACAGCUAGACCCCUAACACUCCUGUAUGUUGUGUGUUUAGAUGGUUAAGAUGAAAUAAUUAUGUCUCAAUACAUCUACUUCUUUCUUCAGAAUGAUCUGGAAAAGGAGACUGUAUUUACCUUGAUGUACUUAAAACGUUUUCACACGCUCCAGGCUGUGUUAAGUACCAUCCUAACCUUAACCCACCUUGAAUUCCUUUUUGUUGUCAUGCAUACUAGAAAUAAAGGGAACUGUCAUUAUAAGUAGAGGGAUAUGACUAAAGAGAAAGGGAAAUAAUAUACAUAAUAAAAAUUACAAUUGUACCCCAUUGUCUGUGCUGUCACUGUGUGAAAGGAAGAAGCUGUCUCAAUGUAAACAGAGCUCAAUUUCAAUGAACAAGAUUUAAGACAACACCUUAUGGAGUUCAAUAAAAGUUUUAUUGAUUUUAA